GGCAGGCCCCGCUGCUCCCUGGAAGUGACGUCCGGCCGUAUCCGGGUAACGCGUAGCGGAGGUGGCGGCGGUGCGGCCAUGGCGGACUCCACGCAGAACGGGCCCAUGCCAGGCGGGGCCGGCGGCGGGGCCGUGCAAUUUCUGAUGGCUAACAAGUUGGAUACAGCAAUGUGGAUUUCCCGCUUGUUCACAGUUUACUGCUCAGCUUUGUUUGUCCUGCCACUUCUAGGGUUGCAUGAAGCAGCUAGCUUUUAUCAGCGUGCCUUGCUGGCGAAUGCUCUUACUAGUGCCCUCCGACUACACCAAAGGCUACCGCACUUUCAGCUUAGCAGGGCGUUUCUGGCCCAGGCUUUGCUGGAGGACAGCUGCCACUACCUGUUGUACUCUCUUAUCUUUGUGAAUUCCUAUCCUGUUACAAUGAGUAUUUUUCCCGUUCUGCUGUUCUCUCUGCUUCACGCUGCCACAUAUACAAAGAAGGUUCUUGAUGCACGAAGUUCAAAUAGCCUGCCCUUUCUGAGAAACCUUUUAGAGAAACUGAAUGCUAAUCAACAGAAUAUUCUAAAAUUCAUUGCUUGCAAUGAAAUUUUCCUGAUGCCAGCUACAGUUUUUAUGCUCUUCAGUGGGCAGGGGAGUCUGCUCCAGCCAUUCAUUUACUAUAGGUUUCUUACAUUACGCUACUCCUCUCGGCGGAAUCCAUACUGUCGGACUCUCUUCACUGAGCUGAGGAUUGUUGUCGAACACUUAAUAAUGAAGCCCUCAUGCCCUGUUUUUGUAAGAAGACUAUGCCUCAGCAGCAUUUCCUUUAUAAGCAGAUUGGCACCAACUGUUGCAUAGCCAAAUUUCAGGCACUUGAGUUUUGUGAACAUUAUGAGCAGCUGGCACUUCUGCUGAUGACUAUAAAUUCCUGGUUUUACACUGAUCUCACUCCAGGCUGUAUAAAAUUGUGUAUAUGCUUUUCUUGGAGAUAAUACGAAAUUUAGCACAUCAAAAGCAAGUCAUGGAAACUUAAAAUUACUGUGCUGUAUUGCUAAUCGGUGAAAAAAGUAGCUGCAUCCUAUCUAAAACACGCCCAGUCAUACAGAAUUGGUUUUUUAGCAAUCAAGGAUUGUUUGAGGUUGAUUAAAACUUUAAGAAGUCUGUGCUCAGUAGGUUUAUGUUGGAACUGUAGCUGCUGUAUGAUGUCUCCAGUGGAUAGCAGUUGGUACGCUUAUCUAUGCAGUACACUUUGGACAGUAUUCUUCUGUUUAAUGUAUCUGUAGAAGCGUUUUGUCUAAAUCACUAUACUCAGUGUAAAAAUAUGGCCCACUUAGAUUUUAAUCCCUCUUAUUAAAUUCAAUCAAGCUGGCAUAGUUAACACCUUUUCUGAAGGAGAGGCUAUUUUUAUUAAUGCUACUUAAAAAGAACUCUUCCAAGCUUCUACCUUGUGACUUAGUCUUACAUUAUGUUGUUGGAAGAGAUCUCAAGACUCUAAUCACAGAAAACUCUGUGCGGUUAUCUUGUCAUAAGAUGCUUUACCAAACCAAAAUGCUGACCUGUAGGCUUUUCAGACAAAGAUGCAAUGCUUAAACUCUUAACCAUCUCUUAAGUGAACUAAUCAAUGUAAACGAAGUAACUUCUGCAGAAUCAUUGCAGAUUUGUUCUUGUGUCUACACAAAAGUGAGACCGUAGUAAUUCAAGCAUGUCAGCUUUUUAGCAAAUUAAUCUGUAGCUAGCUCUAUGUAAAUUGUUCUUCCAGUUUCUGAGACUCAUUGUGAUGGGAAACUUGCAUAAAGGAUUGCACCUCUUUAGGCAGCUUUGGAAACAAAUGGGUGUAGGAUUUUUUUGGCAUAAAUCCGUCUGAAGAUGGAUCUGAAGCCAGUGUCGUGACUACAGAAAUAAAUAUUAAAUUGAGUGCUGAUUAUGCAUUUACCCAGCAGCCAAAAGGUAGGUCAUGGAAAGAGAAUAUUACCUGUCCGAACUGCACACAACUUCUUUUCAUAAAUUCAGGGCAAAGUAUUUGCCUAAUCUUCUGUAGUUAAUGUUAAUAUUCCAAUUGCAUAAAAUUAAAGGGGUUUCAUUGGCCUUUUGUAAACUUCUAUAGCACUGUACUUAACACUUCCUCUUUGGUCCGAGAAAUCUUAUGUAAAACACUUUAAAACAGUCUUGAAGGAAAGUAUUUUCCUGUAACUAUUGAAUUAUCUUGUUUGUGAUGUGGAUAUCUUUCAGACUUUAGAGUUGUAGUAGUUUGUUAGAUCAGAGCUGUGUAUUUAUACACUUAUUUUGGUUUUUUGCUCAACCUCUUGGUACUGAUGGACCAGUUGGUAACAGAGUAUGAUAUCCUUUGACUACUUGUCCUGCUCUCUGAACAUGAUUAGCUAUUUAUAGAACAUUUGCACACUGCAGAAGCAACUGCAUGCAGUAAUGCUCUACAGCUGCUAAAGACUUGCACCGAGAUUCAUGCUAUGUAUAUCCUGUAAUUUGAGGAUUUUAUAAAAACUAAAAUUUCUACUGCAAUAAAAGGAGUGUUAAAUGUAAUUUGCUAGGCUCUUCAAGCUUAUUUUCUCUCGUAACAGAACAUACUGGUGUUCGAAACUGGAAGUUGAGCAGAAUGCUGCCCUGUGUGUAUGUGUGCAUGUUCUUGUAUUCCCACUGCUGCUUCUGAAUUGGGACAUAAUGUCUUGUGCAUUUCUAAAUUACUUUGUAGGGAAUUUUUGCCUUCUAAAGUGCAAAAAUUUGUGACCCUUCAAGAUUUAACCCAAGAACAGGCACUGCAACAAAAAUAUCUAAUCAAGGCCAGAAAUCUAGACCUACUUCUCACCAUUUCAAUUCUUCAGCAGUGUUCUAGACCCUCUUUCAUGUUACGUGGUAUAUUUUUCAAGUGGCGACAUCAGACUCUAUUUAGCUGUUUGCACCACUGUGAUUUAAAAAUUAAUUUGGUCAUGUAAAAUGGUUCCCUGUACUGGGAGUGGAAAGCAAAUAAAUACUACUUUAAUUAGUGUAAGCAAAAUAACAUAUUACUUCUGAGCAAAUUUUUGUGGUCUAAGACUGCUGUUAUGGGUACAGUCUACUGUUCCUCUAAUUGUAUUCUGUCAUUAAAGAGUCUAAACUGGAUCUGAUGUAUUGCAGCUGUAACUGAAGGAUGCUAAGUCUUGAGAUCCAACUCUAUGAAUGGACAAGGAAGAGAGUUGGGAAACAGUGCCGCGAAGUAGAGCUUAUAUGUGGAUACUGAAUUUCUUGUUAACUCUUUCUGUUGAGUCUUAAAAAUGGAUCAAGAGAAGAUGAUCUUUCAUAAUUUGAUUUGGCUAGUAGUAUGUUCUUGCCAUGGAAGGAAUUGCUUGACAAAGGAGGCCUGGAUUUUACUUGUGGCCUGGUAAAACUUACCUCUCUGAUGUGCCAAGAAAGCAUGGAACACUGGGGUAAGGAUAACUUCCAAGCAAGAUAAAUAGGGCAACUGACCUGCACUCUGCAUCAAAUUCCAUUUUUACUGCAGCCUUUAGGCUGCCUAAGUGAUAACACUGAGUUUACUCAAUGCUGGCAAAAACAUUCUGUCCUUGUGCCUGCUUCCUUACCAGUUUGUGACAGUUUCUAUACUAACAACAAAACACAUGAAAGGCUGGUUGUGUCCUGAUAGCUUGAAACUUUUCUGGUGAAAAGAACUGCAUGUUCAUGCUGCUAUGCUGUCAACAGCUAGCCAUGGUGCAGGGGCUGUAACAGAGGUCUGUGGUAGUAGAGAAAUUCUGCAACUGAGCACAAAAUGCCUGCCAAUCCCAAUGGUGAAGCAGAGAAGUGUUUUGUCCUACUGAAAGGUUGUCUACUUAAUGUGGUAAUUGCUUCCACUGGUACAAAUCAUGCUGGUCAUUGUUUUCAUUGUCUUAGCUUUCAUAGGUUGAAGUGCUGUUGCAUAAAUUCUCUGGGCAGACCUACCGCUUGCUGUGCAUAAGCAUGCUGUAGAAGUGAUACUCCAGCGUAAGACUUGUCUGCUACCAUAUGUAGAUAAAUAAAGCAUCAGGACCCACUAGGUCUGUUGGCAUAGCUAAUGGGAGUUGGGAUUUCUUACACAUAAAGUAAUUCACUAAUGCAUCCAUCCUUUCCUUUAUUGUCUUUAAUUUUAUACUUUUAUUGUCAUUAUUGUGCCAUCAGUUUCAUGUUUGGCUCCCUUUGAUGGAUGUCCAAGAAGAGAAAUACCUGUUCAUAUUUUAAGUUAUGCAUUUUAAGGAAUUUUUUUUAUAUAAUCAUGAGCCACUACUUGUUCCAGCAGUUUUUGAGUUGCUAACUAUAUAUGUGAUGGUACUGUCCAAACAAAUAACGUAGCUGGUAUUUUGUGUAGUCUGCGUUGGAUUUUUUUAUCUGUAGGUGCCUGCAUUGCAACAUUUGCUGUACAGAUCCUUUGCUAAGGGAGUACAGCUCCUGCCCAUUUUACAGACAGGAACUGUGGUGUGGAAGGGAAGAGCGCUCGCCUGAGGCAAUGCAAGAGCGCUGGCAGAGCAGGAAGCUGGGAAAAAAGAGAUUUGGACCAGACCCCAGGAGAAACUGUGAUUCAUUUCCAUACCACAUAUGACUUCUUGGUCCUGUUCCCAAAAUUACACUAACUGCUGCUUAAACAGUUUCAGAAAUACUGUACCUUAUGGUGCUGAGAUGAAGGGUAGAAAAGAUCACUGAGCUAGAACAGCAUGUUCUUUCAAAGCGAUGUCAGAAAUUGAUUCCUAUGUGCAGGAGCUAGGUACAGUAUCCUCAUCCUCUGGUGAGGAAAAAUAAUGCAACAGAGUAAGAUCGCAAGCGUUUCUGUCCUAGAUGUUAGUAGCGUAUGCUGAUCUCUUGUAAUUGUCUAUAACUUGUAAUUGCUGCAGUGCAAGUUAUUUGUGUUUAAACUAUACUGAAAUUUGUUAGUGUGUAUUUGUACUGUAACUCUUAACAUGCUGCAAUUUCUUAAAAUCACAGGAAGAGUCAGGCCUUGCUGUUUUAAAUCACCUUUUAGGCAUAGAACCUUAAGCAAUCCUUUAUUUCAAAGAUGCAUUAUCAGUAUGGAUAAUGCAAUUAAAUGUCAUCCUAAAUGUGGAUUCAAAAAGUAUCUUUUUCAUAAAAUGUCAGCAGUUAUUAACUUUUCUGCAGAAGCCAGCUUUGUGAUAAUAGCAGAUACCGUGCAGGUAAGGGAGUUUCAUUGCUUAGUUCCGUGCCAUCCAGAUGGUACAAACUUCUGAAAUGAAUUGAAAAAUUCAUCUUUUACUUGUAUUCAAGGACUGAGGCACAAAAUGCUAAUGUAAGGGCUCAGAGGGGAAAUACAGUUCUCCUGCAUAUUUGAGAAAAUGUGAAGCCCUUUCAAGGAAAUCUAAUAAACAUAAUAAUCACAGGCUGCUGACACUAAGGAAAAAGCACCUCAUUCGCUCUUUCUUUUAUGCAGUGAUUUACUGCUCCCUACUGAUUUUCAAAUUGGAUCACUGCAGUAAAUUAUCCAUGCCAGUACCUGUGAAAGAAAGCACUGGGAUCCAUAUUUGUUUAGUGCUGUGCUUAAAUCAGCAGGAAUGAUAAAUUUGAUGGCAUGAAAUUGGAAAUACCAAGGGCUUUUCUUGGUGAACGAGCAGGUAUCUCUGUUUGUAAUUUAUUGUGACCCUUUUUCACUAUAUGUGCUUUGUAUGUCAAAUAUUUAUUUUGAAACAAAUUAAAUUGUUUUCUGUAUUGAUA